UCAGCUGGUGUCAGCAUUCCGAACGGCAUUUUGAGGUAUUGCGGACUGUUUAAUGGGCCAUUUCAUUUGCAAUAAAAGUGAAGGUUGAAUAUGAGUUGUGGGUCAAGAUCGUCAAGAUGUUCUGAAUGAUGCAGGGCAUCUGGAUAAAUUGUGAACAGUGAAGUUGACAUGUUCAUGAGGGUUACGAAUGGUGAAAUCGUGACAAGUGUUUGUUGAUAUUUGUUUGGUGAUAACUAUGGUGCCUGUGCCGAGCGAACACGGCCCCCAGGUCGACGUGAUCUUCGUGAUCGAGGGAACAGCCAUUAAUGGAGCUUAUUUAAAUGACCUGAAAACCAAUUACUUGAUUCCAACGGUGGAGUACUUCAGUCAGGGGACUAUCGAGGAUCGGGAGUAUGUUUCGGAGAAUAGUACGACCCUUUACGGAAUAGUGGUUUACCACGCAGCGGACUGUCUCCCAUCGCCCACAACAACUACCCGUGGCCCCUUUUCUAACCCCCACAAGCUCCUCUCAUCCCUAGAACGCCUAGAGAUGGUCGGUGGCAAGGGUGAGUCCCACGCAAACAUCGGGGAGGGCCUGGCGACCGCCCUCCUCUGCUUCGAUGAUCUUCAGAUAAAACGUGAACCCAAUACAAAUUCCCAAAAACACUGCAUCCUCGUCUGCAACUCUCCCCCUUACCAAACCGUUGUCCAAGAGUCCCACAAAUUCGCGGGUCACACAGUUGAGAAUUUAGCUGCAGUGUUCCAAGAGCGUGACAUCAUUCUCUCGAUCCUAUCCCCACGCAAGAUCCCAGCUCUCUUCAAGCUCUUCGAAAAGGCUGGAGGUGACCUCCAGACCUCUCAGACGAAGAACUACGCGAAAGAUCCACGCCACCUCGUGCUUCUUCGGAAUUAUAACCUGAAAGAACGUCCAGUGAGUCCCCCCAUUGGUGGGCCUGUCCACCAGACAGGUGCCAGCGCUGCCCAGAUCCCCUUGAGUCCACUACAGAGUCACGAUAGCCCUAACACGAAUCAACCAGGUCAGACCCUGUCCCAAACAACUCAACCCCAGGCACCUUUGAAUCCAUCGUUCAGGAGUCAAGCUCCAACAACCCUCAAUCCCCACCAGGCAGUGGCACCUCCGAUUGGACAAAUAAAUACAGGACGUCCUGUGUUUAACCCACAACUGGCUGGACCUCCCAAUUACCACGCAGCACGAGCUGCCCAGCCCAGGUGGAAAGGUCAAUUUAUCCCACCAGGUGGAGGCGCUGUUCAAAAUAACAAUCAGGGAAGUGCCCUCAUUGCACAGCUGACCCAGCCACCAACCUCCCUCGGUCUCAAUAUUCAAUUCAACCAGAGGAUGGAUGCCAAUGGUGCUGUUAUGAGCAAUCAGCAGGGACAGGGGACCAACCAAGCUAAUCAAUCACCCAUAGCCGGGGGAAAUCCAUCUCAGGGGCAGGGGCAGGCACAGGGUCAAGCCCAGCAGACAGCACCGCAAGGCUCGCAGGGCCAUCAACAAGCGAUGGCCGGGGGACAGGGACAGGAGCAAAAUCCAGGAAUGCAAACGAUGAAUCAACCUCCACCCAGACAGAAUCAGGCAGUGUCCUCCAGUGUGAUGAGUCAGACUAUUUCCAGCCAGGGACAGCAGAGUGUAGCUGGCAAUCUUCCACCAACAGUUUCCCCUGCUCAGCAGAUGAGUCAUCAGGGCCAGAAUGUGGGGGGAAUUCAGCAGGUACCACCUGGGAGAGAGAGACCCACUAUUUGGCAUGGCAUUCUGGAGUGGUCGGAGAAGGCUAGAAAUCCUUCUGAUCCUCAGAAGCAGACUAGACAGGUUCCUUGUCAUGUGUCUGCAAAUACGAAGGAUGGAGAGCCAGAGUUGAAGGCUGACUCCUGGCCUCCAAAAGUUCUCCUCCAACUCGUGCCGAAAUUGUUAAUUGGAAACAUUGGCGGAGCUUACCUGAAGAACUCAAAGUCUGUUCUGUUCCAUCCAACUCCCUGCGAGGCCCUGGACUCAUUGACAAAGGUUAUGAGCGCUGGGUUUGCCGGAUGUGUACACUUCCCAUCGUCCCCAAGUCUACCCAAUUGUGAUAUCAAGGUUCUCAUCUUGCUGUACACCGCGGAGAAGCGGGCUUAUUUGGGAUUCAUUCCGAAUGAUCAACCUGGCUUCGUCGAGCGCCUCCGGAAAGUCAUUCAGCAGCAGAAGAAUAAUCAAGCUCUUUUGAGGCAGAAUCAGAUAUAUUCACAGGGAGGCGCUGGGCCACCAGGUAACAACGUACCUGGCACACUUCCUGGAACGUCGCCGAUAUCUCAAGGAGGUAUUCUAAUGUCGCAGACUAAUACAAUAGCCAUGGGCGGUGGACAAUUAACGCAGAACGUUGUACCCGCUAACAAUCCCCAGCAGGGACUGGCUAACUCAACCCCUCAAAAUCAGAUAAUCCAUAUACAACCGGGAGGAAUGCAACAGCAGGCGAGUGGUGGAGUUCAGGGGAUGAUGGUCCAGCAGCGGGCCAAUUUCGAUGACAUGGAUAUGGCUAGACAGCAGAAUCUCAUGAAGAUUCAUCAAUUAAGGCAGACACUUGAAGCUGCACAGCAGCAAGAAGCUCACUACCAGACGCAGCUCGAUACCCAACAAAAUUUGGAGGCCGCGCAGCAACAGGAAAUGCAGUACAAACUACAAAUGGAGAUCCAGCAGGCGCAGAAGGCAUUGAGUGCUAAUUCUGGAAUUAUUGGACAACAAGCCAAUACCCAGAGGAUGAUGCGACCUAUAACGAAUAAUCUUGGAUUGCGAAAUCUAUUACAACAACAACCACCACAGCAGUAUAGACAACAAGUCCUCGGGAUGGCACAGCAGAUGGUGAGUCCACGAGGGCAGAUGGGAACUCGGCCAAUGGCACCAACGAAUCAGCAGAAUCAACAAUUCGACGACGUUACCAAUUACGAUUUUAUGCCUUGAGAGAUUCUCUCAUUAGUGAUCAAAUGUUUUUUUCUGAUUCACUGAAGAACGUAUUGUAAUCGAAUUUAUAAUUCUAUUGUAUGAAUAAGAACAAUGACUACAGAAUAAAUCAAAAUAAACUUA